AUGGAAAGUUCUGAUGCACAGACUAUUCUUCGUGACGUUUCAUACUGUUUUGUACCACUAUUGGAACUUGUCGCUAUUCAUAGAAUGUCCUCGGAAGAAAGUAAAGAUAAACAGCCAGAGAGUGAAACACCCUCGCUCACUCCUGAAGAAAUUGAGGAAUUAUGUUCGGAAGCAAAUGAAUACAAGACACAAGGCAAUGACUUUUUUGGGCGAUCAGAAUAUGAACAAGCUAUAAACAUGUAUCAAAGGGCAUUAGACGUCUGUCCCUUUGAAAAGGCAAAAGAAAGGGCCACGUAUUGGAAUAAUCUCGGAGCAUGUUAUAUGCAAUUGGGCAAAUACAAGGAUGUCAUUGAUGCUUGUACCAAAGCUUUGGCAGAUUGUCCGACGUAUACGAAAGCAUUACUUCGACGUGCUCAAGCAAACGAAAAGAUUGGUGGGUUCAGUCCAUUGUCGAGUGCAUUAGAAGACUACAAGAUGCUCGAGUCCGACCAAGAACAUCAGAACAACCUCACACCACAAUUACAGAGAACCGUGUUUAAUUCGAUUAGAUCGCUGGAAUAUCGAGUAGCCAAAGCAAAAGAGAAGGAAACGGCCGAAAUGAUGGGAAAACUCAAGGAUCUUGGUAAUACGAUCCUUGGAAAUUUCGGUCUAUCGACUGACAAUUUCCAGUUUGUUCAGAAUGAGGAAACCGGAUCAUACAACAUUCAAUUUGUAAAUAAUCCAGGGAAAACACUCACCAUAGCUAUGGUAGCCGAACGGACAUCAUUCCUUGAGAAUCAACCAAAUCGAGAAGCGGCUCGACUAGCUCUCGCUUUGAGAGAAACUAGUGAGCAUGCUACGAUGAAUUAUCGAGGGUUUUACGUUUCGGCUAAACGGUCGAUUGUCAAAGAGGUUCUCGAGGCCAUGGCUUCUGGGUUAGACGUGUCAACACUGUUUAGUGAUAUGUUGAUGGCCGCAUCAACCAAAGAUCUUGUUCAAAAGAAAUUGGUAUACAUGUACAUUUCAACUCAAGCCUCUCAGAACGCAGAAUUAGCCAUUUUGGCAAUUAAUACCUUUCAGAAAGAUCUCAAAGAUGAUAAUGCUGUUGUACGUGGUUUAGCGCUUCGGACCAUAUGUUCGAUGAGGCUCUCAAACUAUGUGGAAUUUAUGGUUCCACCGUUGACUAACGGUCUAACCGAUCCAAGUGCAUAUGUGCGAAAGAUAGCCGUACUUUCAUGUGUGAAAUUAUACCAUAUCGCUCCCGAGCAUGUCGCAGAUGGUGAUCUCAUAGAGUCUCUCUAUAAAUUAUUAAGCGAUGACGACACCGAAGUGGUGGCCAAUUGUAUCUCUGCAUUAGACGAGAUUCUAAGCUCACAAGGAGGAAUGGUUAUCAACAAGGGUAUAGCGUACAGCUUGCUUCAUAGAUUACUUGACUUUAGUGAAUGGCAUCAGUGUUUGGUACUUGAUGUGCUUAUACGAUAUAAGCCAGAUUCGGAUGACGAAUUAUUUGAGAUCCUGAAUAUUCUAGACGACCGUUUGCAACAUCAUAACUGCGGAGUUCAGCUUUCUACCAUAAAGUUAUUUCUACACUGGACAGCAGAUAUGCCAGAGAUACAAGAAGAUAUUUAUAAAAGAAUAAGAGACCCGCUGGUGUCAUUUCUCUCAACAGGAAGCCCCGAGUUGGCUUACGCGUGUCUCGCUCAUCUGCAACUGCUUACUGUACGUGCGCCGAAAAUAUUAAGUGCGUACAGCAAACAUUUCUACCGUCGUCUCAAAGAUCCACCUUACUUGACAUUAAAAAAGUUAAAGCUUUUAGAGACUAUUGCGGAUACCUCAUCUGCAAAAGAAAUCAUCGAUGAAAUCAGUGGGUAUAUUACUGGUUCUGAUGAAGAGAUUACGCUAAAGUCGAUUGAGACGAUUGCCAACAUUGCCGUGAAAGUACAUGACGUGAUGGAUUAUGCAAUAGAAUUAUUGCUUAAAAUAAUGGAAACUGAAAUAGAGGAAGUUGUUUCAGGCACCGUAACUGUAUUAACAACGAUUCUUCAAAGCAACAGUACUAUUACUGCCAAGCUCCUUCUUUUGAUUCCACAAGUCUGGCCUUCCAUUUCACUCUCAAGUCCCGCGGGUCCUGCUUUUCUUCAUCUCCUUGCCAAGAAUGCGAGAACCCUCCCGGAAACACCAUACAUAUUGGAAUCCUUGAUUAACACGUUGGAUCAAUAUCCGAAUCCGUCUUUCCGUAUCCAAUUACUUGAUGCUACCGUCGCCGUGUUUCUCGAACGCCCCGCAGAGUGUCAAAGUAUGCUUGAAAGACUGUUCAAAGAGACCAUGAGAAAUGAAGAGUAUAUAAAUGUUCAGGAGAGGGCUACGUUUUUGUAUACUUUGCUAGAAAGUGAUAUAGAGACGGUGAAAAAAAUUCUAUUGGAUGAUGAUGGAGAGCGUCUUCCGGGAAUAAUAAAAGAGUCUGAUGAGAAUAAAGAAGCCCUCUUUACAGAGUUUAGCACGCUCUCCGUAGUGUAUGGCAAGACAUCAACCUACUUUAUUGAUAAGGAUCAAAUUCCGCAAAAAAACAAGGACUUUAUCUUUUUUGUGCCUCCCGCUGACUUCAUGUCUGAUGUGGAUAAGUCUCGGGUGGAUUUUGCUAGCAAGUACGCACUAUCAGCAACUACUUUUAUAAAUGCAAAAGAAUUUAAAGCGUCAUGGACAACGUUCAAAGAGAGUCAUUCACUUAGCCUUCCAAUUCCAAAAGCGCUAGUAUCAUCGAUAAACUUGGAAACACUAGAAAAGACUUUUGAACAACAUUUUAUAUUCACCAUAGCUUCUGGAGUCUCAAACAAUGUACCUCGAUUGUUUGUAUAUGCCACCGAGGUGCUGACUACAACUCUAAUGCUCUGCGAAAUUAAACUCGACCUUGAGGCAUCUAAAGCCAAUCUAGUCGUGAAAUCCAAUGAAAAAGACACUAAAGAGUAG